AUGUCGUUCUCGACGUUCUCCAUCCACACCCUGGCUGAUGCGCCCUCUGCUGGCGCGCCAAAGCUCUUGCGCGCCAAAUCCGGAGCCCCUAAGACUGCGAAGGGCGGUCUCAACCCGCUCAGCCUCAAUUCUAAGGUGCUGCUAAAUCAACUCGACCUUAAUGACGACCAGAGAAAGAGGAUAAACGAACUUUACGCGUUGCAUGAUCGAUCUCCGGGGGAAUCAUCUCUUGUGGACCACAUUUUCGAUGACAAGGACCCCGUUGACCAAGCGCUCGCAAUGGACAUCCUGGAGAACGAGAAGUUGGACGAGGCAGCUUGCGCAGACCUCGGGAAUCGAUGGUCCCAGACUUGGAGCAACAAGACGGGCACCGUUGUCAAGACGCGCCGCGUUCUAUACCAAUGCACCUCGGGGUAUGAUCAUACGCGACGAUCGAAGAAGGACGCGCAGAAUGCUGCCCGCAAAGUUGCCAUGCCGUUCACUGGAUGUCUCGCCCAUGCGGAGCUGACCAUCCGCGCGCACAAGACGCCAGAAGAACGAAUCCUACGCAUUCGCGGUCAACUGCAGCACAGCGAGGACUGCCAGAACGCGCGGAUAGAGAACUUACCCGUCUUCCCACUCCAUCCUGAAGUCUUUGACUUCGCGUUGAAGCAGCUGAAGGACGGCGCAACUAUUGCAGACGUCAGACGCAAAAACCGGGAGAUGUUCGCGCAGAAAUCUUACCCCAGUUUCCCCAAAAACUUGAAGGAGUCUUGCUUUCGUUGGAUUUUCACAUCGAAUGACUCGCGGUCCCUGCACCGAAAGCAUCAUCUCCAAAACGGCGUUGCUUUGCGGGACAUACCGGAGAUCCAAAUUGACGACUGGCUCAAUCCCGACUCGCUCGCGUAUAAUCCCACAUUGGCAAAAGCCGUAUUUCACUAUUCGGCCCGAGCUGAAAGGAACGAGCGCUUCGAAGUCUGUGUGGCGACCGAGGAGAUGGAUGCGGCUGCUUGGAAGCACGGACAUCGAAAGCAGAUUAUUCUGGACGGCACAUUCGGGGUGUGUGACAAGCGGCUGUUACUCUUCAUUGCCAUGGUCGUCGAUGAACAGAAGAAGGGAAUACCUGUGGCUUUCUUGAUGUUCUCAGCACCAACCGGCAAUAAGCAAUCUUCAUCGGGUUAUGACACCGAAAUUCUUACCAAACUCCUCACCAAAUGGCAGGACUCUCUCAACCGCAACAAGAACAAGCCGUCAGGUGCUACAUCAUUCAACCCGGUAUCCGCGAUUACAGACACAGACCUUAAAGAGCGCGCUGCUCUAGCUCUUGUUUUCCUCGGAAUCAUCCUUCUUAUCUGCCGAUUCCAUCUCCGGCAGUCUUGGCGAAAUCAUCGAAACAAGGUGCUGAAAGGGAAGACUGCGGUGCUGAUGGAUCUGAAGUCGAGAAUGAGAGUUCUCGAGACUGCGCUGCCGAAAACGGAGAAGAUCGAAGACGCCCGUCAGCUAAUCGAGGAUGAGCGGGGACGACUGAUGCUUGAAGCGACGGCGGACCCAUCCAGCGCGCGUGCCAUUCAGAAAGCAAUUACACACCUCGAUUAUCUGAAUGGGUACUGGAUGACUGAAGCGUUGUGGAAGAGUUGGUCGAAUCACAAUCGGUUGCUUGUGGCAGGAAUGCUUGGAUGCGGCAUUGAAGGCGUCAUUCCUACCACCAAUCACUUGGAAUCGUUCAACGGCGUCUUGAAGAAGACUCACCUCAAGCACUGGCAGAACGGAGGACGUCGUUUGCGCAUAGAUGUCCUUCUGAACGCCCUCGUUUGCUUCAUCUUGCCAUCCAUCUUCGAAGAACGUCGAUUGUACCUGGAGCAGAGCAGUCGCCUAUCCGCCAUGAUUGCUCUGCUCCCCGGCGGCGCCGAUCUCUUGAAUAAGAAGCAAAUGAGCUCGGUUGAGGUCGUCUCGGAAAGACCGAAAGUGGCGUACCUCAAUCCCGACUCUGGCCGCGACUCCCGAGCAAGUAGGCUGCUCGAGGCCCGCCAAAUCAGCGUCCCCGAGAUGAUGCCGGGCAACAUGGGGUUACUCUUCACCUGCUAUUCCUCUCAGGCUCUCUCCUCCGAAGCAAACCCCAUCACCUACAAUAUCCGAGCGGGCUUUAACGGUGUCGUAACUUGCACUUGCAUGGACUUCGUUCAGGAAGGAGGUGCCUGUAAACACAUUCGUGCCGCGCUCUUGAGGGCCAAGGAGAUCUGUUUAGCGGACGGACAACCUCUCCCCGGAAUCCCGAUCCCUAAGUCCGUGGAGGAUGCCCUCGCUCUUCAAAAGAGUCAGAUACUUACCAUACGGCUUCGGUUACCAAGUACGCGAGCGGCCGAGGUUGUCGAAAGGUUGGAGCAGGAGGGCAGAGCGGAGGAUGAGGCGGAUGGAGCGACCAACGCCGUCGAUGAUCAUGCCGAUGAAGAUGAUGAUGCGUCCAGUGUUGCUACGGACGCAUCCUCAGACUCCGAGCUUGACUUGAGCGAAGAUCCGAUCGACGAGAGGCAGAUGAUUCAAGCGACGCAGAAUACCACGGCUUUGAGCGCACAGGCAACGGCGAAGUCGUUGUUUCAAUUCGAUGCAUUGGUCGGCGGCGAGUUAUCUCAGUGGAGGAAGGCAUUGGGCGGUAUUACCACGGGUGUCAGCGAAGCGCAAACUGACAUGAUCCGUCGUGGAAGAGCCGAACUUCUCGCGCUCGCCGACGAGCUGUCCAGAAUCGAGUCGCUGCCGAGAGUGGCGGAGACCGACGCACAGGUCUUUGUUCGGCCCGCCACCCCGCCCCCGCCCUCGUCGAGCGCCCCUCUCAAACGCGGAUCCAAGCGGAAAGCGUCGGAAAUGGAGCGGACAAUCUAUCCGGUGUCUCCCGAAGCUAAGCAGAAGCGAAAACAGUCUUAUGCGUACGAUUAG